AAGUGGCUCUGUAUGACACUUUAAUUACCAUAAAGCAGAAGGUGAAACAACGUUACGUAGCAUUAUUAGAAAAAGAAAAAGAAGAAACGCAUUUAUUUUUAAUCCGAUUGCGUAACUAAUUGAGAUACAACGCUUAGAUAUGUGAUAAAAAAUGAGUAAGAGUAAAAAAAAAAUUAAUCAUUGUGCAGUGUUUAAGCCACGAACGAAAAAUGAUGAUAAUGCUGAAUUAUCGAAUACUAUGAUUAUAUGCGCAAGAAAAACUGGUCAACUAAAUCUCUCGUCGAAAGGAUUAUUUUCUGUACCAAAAAGGGUAUGGACUAUAAAUCAGUUAACAGAGGAUGAAUUAAAAGAAUUAAAUUUUGAACUUGAUUAUGAUGAAACAGAGCAGCGAUGGUGGGAACAAGAAUCAUUAAAAACAUUAGACUUAAGUUGUAAUUGUCUAACUACUAUUAAUGCAAGAAUAAGAUACUUAAAUGAUCUUACUGAGCUGGAUUUACACAACAACUUAUUAAAAAGAUUGCCAAUGGAAAUAGGAAAUUUAACUAAACUGAUAACUUUAGAUUUAUCAUAUAACAAAUUGGAAGUACUACCUAUUCAAUUUUAUCAUCUUCUGGAAUUACGUAAUUUAAAUUUGAAGUAUAAUAUUUUAAAGGAACUUGAUACUGGAAUUACUGAUUUAAUAAUGUUAAGCCAUUUGGAUUUAUCUCAUAAUAAUUUAAUUGAAUUACCCAUUGGCAUGGGAUACCUUGUUAGAUUAAUUUUUCUGGAUGUGAGCCAUAAUUCCUUAAAAUGUUUACCAUCUGAUAUAAUGAGUAUGAGAGCAUUAGAAAAAUUAAUUGCAAAUUCUAAUGAAUUGGAAGAAUUACCAUCUUUAAGUGAAUUACGAAAAGUUGAAACAAUAAUGUUUCAAAAUAACAAAUUAACAACAUUUCCUGAUUUAUCUGGAUGUGUUGCAUUGAAAGAACUUAAUUUAUCUGAAAACAAUAUUGUUGAUUUUAAUAUAUUGCAUUUAGAAGAAGUAAGGAAGUUAAAAAUAUUAAUAUUAGGGGAUAACAGCAUAAAAGCUAUUCCAGAAGGAAUAAUUCAGUUAAUAAAUUUGGAAUACCUUGACUUAUCAAAUAAUAAUAUAUCUUUAAUACCUGUAUGUAUUGGUAUAAUGCCAAAUUUAAAAAAAUUCUCUGUUGAGGGAAAUAAUAUACAAAAUGUAAGAGCUGAUAUAAUAAGUUGUGGUACAUCUCGUAUUUUAAAACACUUACAACAAAGUAUAGAUACUGCAAAUGUAAAUGUAGAUCAUUCAGUAUUAUCAAAUACAAGUACAGUUGUGUACCCAAACAAAUAUAUGAUGAAAAAUACAAGAAUGUUGAGUCUAGCAGGUCAUGAUUUAACCGACUUGUCAAUAGAAGUAUUAGAAGAUGCAAAUGCAGCAGGCGUAACAUUAAUCGAUUUAAGUAGAAACCAUAUGCGUGAAUUACCCGAAAUGUUAUCCAUAAUUACAACCGUUACAGAUUUAAAAUUAACAUCUAAUCUUCUAACACAUUUACCAGAAUGGAUUGGUGAAAAAUAUGAACAUUUACAGGCAUUGGAUUUAAGCAAAAAUCAUUUGUUAUCAUUACCAUCAACAAUUGGUUUAUUUAAAUAUUUACGAAGUAUUGAUAUUUCUUUUAACAGAUUCACCGAACUACCGGAAGAUAUUUAUGAAAUAAGUACUUUAGAAACGUUAGAGGCGAAUGAUAAUUUGAUAGCGAAUAUCGAUGUUUCAUUGUUGAAGAAAUUAAAAAGGCUUGCCAUUUUAAAUCUUGCAAAUAAUAAUAUUGACAAUGUGCCAGCAGAAUUAGGAAAUUUAACAAACAUAAGGUCUCUCAUAUUAUUUGGAAACUGCUUCAAAAAUCCAAGACAAGCUAUUUUAGCAAAAAGCACAGAUGAAAUUCUUGCAUAUCUUCGUAAUCGAAUACCUCAACAAUCGUAAAAACAAGAUAAUAAAUAGAUAUUUAAAGUACAAACGCGAUAGGCUAUUUCGAGCUAUAUUCAAAAUAUUUUUCACAAUAUAUGGUCUUGCAAGAGGACAUUUAGAUUUGUGAAUCUGGGUUUUUCACGAUACUUAAAUGAAAGAGGAUAUAGCUUUUUACAAAAAUCUAUGAUGUAUUAUAAUCAACAUAUGAUCCUAUUUCGUUCAAGUCUCAGAUUUGAUAGAUCGAAUUAAUGCAUCUUGUUGUCCCCUUGUUAAAACACUGUUGGUUUAUAAUUUCUUUUCUAACUCUAUAUCUUAUCUAAUAUAUUACAGGCCAAGUAUUGCGGAAAAAUAGUUAUGUAUACUUCGAUAUACAUUACACAAAAUUCAGGUUUAUAUUUAAUAAUAAUAUAUAUUUAUUCCACGUUAAAAUGAUAUCGAAUUUAUUCCCCUAUUACCAGAAAGUAACAUUAUUAUCCGAUGUAACGUAACCUAUAUUCUCAUGCAUUUUACCGUUAGUAUUUUAUUUCAUUGUUAUUUUUUUGUCGUAUAAGAAAUAAAUUUAUUUCAUUCUGUGAAAA